AUGAAAGAUGUUGAUGGUGUUGCUUCCUUGAAAGAUCCAACAAUAGAGCACCUUAUUCUCCUUGAUCUGUUCUUCUCCAAGCUAAGAAAGCUCCAAAAAGCUCAAGAAUCAAACAAGGGAUGGAGGAUAGGGUUUUCUGAGGUUCAGACUACGUUUUCACUUUUGUCUGCUUUAAACCUACGUGACAUUGAGGACAUGGGAAAGGUUCCUCCGGUUUAUAUCUUGGCUGCCUUCAUCCCAGCUGUUAUGAUAGCUGGGAUCUAUUUCUUUGACCUUGGCGUUGCUUCAACCUGUUUGUUAAUUGCAAUUUUAUUAAAGAUAAUAAUGAAGCGCCAAUUUUCCAUUAUUCAGUGGGAGGCUCUUGCUCUGUUGCUUAUUGGAAUUAGCAUAAAUCAAAUGCAAGCUUUACCUGAGGGAAGUAGUAGAAUGGGUGUGCCACUUGAAAUGGGUGCAUAUAUCUACAUAUUCAUUUUUGUAACUGUUCCAUCUUUGGCUUCUGUCUUCAAUGAAUAUGCACUGAAAAGUCAAUAUGACACAAGCAUAUACCUUCAAAAUUUGUUUUUGUAUGGAUAUGUUGCUAUAUUCAGUUUUCUAGGGAUACUUGGAACAGUUGUUAUCAAAGGCCCUGAAAGCUUUGAUAUUUUGCAUGGACGUUCAAAAGCUACUAUGCUUUUGAUUAUAAACAAUGCAGGGCAAGUAAUUUUAUCCUCAUUUUUCUUCAAAUAUGCAGAUACAAUUUUUAAAAAGUAUUCGGCAACUGUUGCAACAAUUUUCACAGGCUUUGCAUCUGCUACUUUGUUUGGUCAUACUUUGACUAUAAAUUUCUUGCUAGGAAUUUCUACUGUUUUCAUUUCAAUGCACCAGGUAUGUGAUUCCGAUGGAAUUGGAAUUCAAGAUGCAGGUGUGAAUAUGUUUGUUUUUUUCAUUUUUCUUUAAUAAAUAUUUUGAGUACUUAUAUAUAAAAUCUAUAACACUUGCUUUUUUUUUUCAGGCUAUUCAUCGUUUAGAUUCUGAUGCAACACAACCACUUCUUCCUACUUAAGUCAACAGUUGACUUUUGAAAUGAAAGAAGAUAAUUAAAAAUAUGAGUUACUUGUCACGUAUACGGUUUAUGAGGUUUAAUGUAUUUUGGUUAGUAGAUUAUUGUUGAUAUAACUUAUA